UUUGCCGACGCCGCCACGACGGUCGAGUAUGCUGAUUUUAUCCUCCAUUGCACACAGCAAAACUAGAAUCACCAGAGGCGGGAGAAGCAUUUGCAGGCCGAUCGUCGUGCUGUGAACUCGAAGAACACUUCUCAUGAGCAAAACAUUAGACAAGAUGUGGCCUGGGAUUUUCUUGCUCAGCUUGCUUCUUGUCGGAGCGUCAGCAAAAGGUUACGGCGGAUAUGGAGGCAUAAAAAGACCCCCUGGACAGAGUCACAGUGGGGAAAAUUCAGGGCAAAGUCAAAAUGGGUAUUUUCCUCAGAACCUUCAGCAAAAUCGCUUGAGGGAGGUUUUCAACUGGAAACAGCUGGACUUCAACUACCCUUCGCAAAGGGCUCGCGAAGAAGCGAUCCGAAGUGGCGCGUUUUUGCCUAAUCUGACUUCAGUGCCCAUUGGUGUUACUGGGACCAGAAAUCGUGUUUUUUUUACCGUACCACGUUGGAAUAAUGGAGUUCCGGUGACCUUGGCAUAUGUAAACUACCCAUCGCAGUCAUCAUCGCCUAUUCUGAACCCCUACCCCAACUGGGAGAUGAACCGCGAGGGAAAUUGCGACGGUAUCACCUCCGUGUAUAGAGUCAAGGUGGAUGAGUGCGACCGAUUAUGGGUGCUGGACACUGGCUUGGUGAACUCUUUAGUAGACCCAAAGCGCAUCUGCCCACCACAGGUUCUGACCUUUGACCUCAAGACAGAUCGAGUCAUCAACAGAUAUCGUAUUCCUGAUUCCGUUUUGAAAAGCGACUCGCUGCCUGUGACUAUUGAAGUGGAAUAUCCACGGGGCACGUGCGGCAAGCCAACAGACGCGAUUUUAUACAUAGCGGACGUGACUGCAUAUUCCUUAAUUGUGGCGAAUUUGGCAACGGGCCGAGCAUGGAGCGUUAAAGACAAAACAGUCUACCCAUCACCUGAGGCCGGAACUUAUGACAUUGCAGGAGAAUCCUUUGAGUUGAUGGAUGGUAUACUCGGAUUGGCACUUGGACCAAAGAAUGACCCCGGUGGACGGAAGUUGUACUUUUCGGCCAUGAGCAGUUUUCAGCAGCGAUGGGUGCAGACUUCACUUCUCCGCAAUGAGACCGCCGCUAGCAACUCCCCAAGAGCUUUUCAAACAGGCGCCCAGCCAAGGCCAGGCCAGAGUGCAGGACCAGCCAUGGACAACAAUGGAGUGCUCUUUUUUGGUCUGGUCACAACAGAAACAUUGGUUUGUUGGAAUACAAGAAAUCCAUUCGAGUCGAGAUAUAUUGGCAAACUGGCCCAAGAUAGAAACACCCUUCAAUUUCUUGCAACAGUUACUAUUGAUCAGAGUCAACGGCUUUGGACCCUCUCAAACAGAUUACAGAAAUUCCUUUUAGGCACAAUGAACCCAAAUGAAGUAAAUGUUCGUGUAUUUAUGGCCGAUUCAACAUCCGAGCUGGUAAAAGGCACCGUUUGCGACGGGGGAUCACAAUCGUCGCGACCAGGAAAUCACGGAGGCCAGCUGGUAUUUAGACCAUGACCUGUGGAAGGGCGGUCGCGGUGGCGCUUCCCCACGCAGCCCAGUCCGCGGCGCUUGUGGGAUGCUGAGUGGAGCCCUGUGGAGCGACCAACGCCGCCCUCCAGACACUCUACAACAGUAGCAAAUAGCGACGGUUCUUUUUGGUAUUCAAUUGAGCAUUGAAAAACAUAUAUCACAAUUAAUUUAUUACAAGCUUUUGCAUCAAAAUUUCAACAUUAAAAUUUUUAAUUAAAUUACAAUUAAUAAUGCUAGUUCAAAACCAACUGAUUUUUUUAAACUAUUCAAGAUAACACACAAAAAUUAAGUCCAAAUAGAAUCUUUUGUACAACUUAACAGAAUAAAUAAAUAUAACAA